UUCCGGUCGCUCAGAGGGCAAGGCGCUCGUUCUUACCGAUCCUACCGAAGGGAGGAAAAUGUCGUUCGUGGUACCGAAAAGGGCGGGGGUGACGCUCAAGCAGGUGAAGAGCGUCUUGGUAGCCUUCUGCCCCUUCGAGUCCAACGUAGAGAGCACCAGAAAUUUCCUACAGUGUCUGCAUACAAAGAAAGCCUUUUUAUCCAACAGCAACUGUGAGGUGAAAACAGAUGUAAAACACGAUGGGUCUGAACCAGUAAUUGAUGUCGUUUUUGCCGACGGUGACAGACUGAUCAUGAAAGGAGCCAACUUAACUAUUAAAGAAAUGUUAAAUGCCUUCAACUCUAGGUGUGAAGCCAAAGAGAAUCUGGCACAAGAGAAGGCUCAGAAAAAGAGUGCUUGAAAAUCAACCAAGGAACAGUUAAGAUGUUUCAUAUAAACUUGUGAAAACGGUGGUGCAACUUCUUCCCUUGGAAUGACAGCCAGGACUUUACCAAGGUGGAUACGGACAGAAUGCAGAUUGGUCCUGACAAAUUGCUGAAUGAUGUCUUUGACCUUUUCUUUAAAGAUAAAACUCCAUACAAAAGAAUUGAUUAUGCAGUGGUCUCAUGUGUUAUUCGUGUUAUUCAGACUUCUUGGAGCAAGGGGGUUAAGAAUGAUUAGCUAUGAGACAGUGGAAAUUUGCCGUGGCACAUAGAAGUUAUAGUAGGCUUUUCCCGACAUUUUGCUGUUGCUAAGAAAAUUAGUUUCCUUCAAGACUCCUACAGCUAUAGCAGAGAGUUGUUUCCAUUGAGCGAAAUCUCUUUCAGGACCAAAAGGGAGUAAUUGCACAAUUUGCAGAGGGAUUAUUUUAGGUAAAGCAAUAAAGGUAUGUAGAGCAAUCAAGAGCCAGGCUGGGCAACAGUACGACCUGACAGGAGCCACCAACACGCUCCGCCCCCCAGCCCAAUUGUUCAUGCCAACCAGGGCAGAAGGCAGGGAAACAGGAAGAAACCUGAACCUAGAGUACCAAUCAGACUCAGAUUGGGCCCAAUUCUGUCAAGGAGCAGCAACGGAGCUGGAUCAGGACUUUCUGAAGGCUGCUGACAGCAUUACCUCCACCUACCUGAACCUUUGGACAGGAUGGGGUGCUUCACACCAGCAGAGCUGCUGUGGGCUGGACAGAGGUAGAUUUACACCAUUCUCCCCACCCACCCAGUGUGACAAUUUUGGGGCCUGGAUUGUGCUCUGAUUAUUCUUUCUGCAUGCAUCACAACCAAUUUUGCUCGAGCGACUGUCCUCAAAGCCAAGAAUCGCUGCUUAUUUAGGGUAUUUUGAAAAUAUAGGCGCGAUUCUGCAGCUUCAGAAAUGCCUUAGAAAGUUUGGUGACAUGGAAGUGUUUGACCAUACCAAAAUAAUAAUAAUGGUGUGUUCUUUGGCUGCUUUUUUUCUUUUAAGGGUCACAACCUAAAGCUAACUUGAUUCAUACAGUUUUCACAGCAUUAUACAGCUCAGUGGAAAAAUAUUUUGAGGAAGAAAAUUGCAUGGAAUUGGAGAAUUGCCAAACUCAGGUUCAAAAUACUCCCUGGCCUGGUAAUCUCUGUCCCCACAGUGUGUGCAUGCAUGAGAGUGUUUUGGCUUCUGCCGAGAGCAGGGGAGCUGUUUUCUGCCAGAGGGUUGUAGUUCCCCUCUAGACAAUUCCCCUUCUGGGGGCCAUGGGCCAGUGGUGGGUGGGACCAGA